UACCUAUAUACAUAUAUAAACACACUUACCCACCCAAUCCAUAAGUACAUCGAAUCUCAGAUCAUUUAUAACUUUCAAAAGCUACUACUACUCAUUUCAUCAGUCAAUCUCAGAUCAUACAUUCAUACCCAGUACUUGAUUAGUCUUCAGCAUCUUCAGCUCAGUAAUUCAGUAGUAAUGGAUGGUGGUUUCUCAGCUUUGUCUCAGUACUAUGAUCACAACCCAGUUGGUUCGGAUUUGCUGGAAUCUUCGUCUCAUUCCGAUAACAACAGCGGCGGGGUUGGACGGAUGGCCUUGUCAGACGAGGAGGUCAUGCUGGCGGGGACGUACCCGAAGAAGAGGGCGGGAAGGAAGAAAUUCAAGGAGACGAGGCACCCGGUGUACCGCGGCGUGAGGAGGAGAAACUCCGGCAAGUGGGUUUGCGAGGUUCGUGAGCCGAACAAGAAGACGAGGAUUUGGCUUGGGACUUUCCCCACUGCCGAAAUGGCUGCGCGUGCGCACGACGUGGCGGCGAUUGCCUUGAGGGGCCGGUCUGCGUGUUUGAACUUUGCCGACUCGGCGUGGCGGCUGCCAGUGCCGGCUUCUAAUAGUGCUAAGGACAUACAGACGGCGGCUGCCGAGGCGGCGGAGGCGUUUCGGCCUAAUGGGGAGGAAUCGGAAGUUGUGUCGAAAGCGGCGGAGGCGGUGGAAGCGGAAUCGGAACAACCGGUGUUUUAUAUGGACGUCGAGGAGGAUGUGUUUGGGAUGCCGGGGUUGCUGGCCAACAUGGCGGAAGGGAUGCUACUGCCGCCUCCUCAAUAUAGUGGCUACGGCGGCGAUGACAUGGAAGGUUAUGCUGAUGUGUCACUAUGGAGUUACUCCAUUUAGGAUUUUUUGGAGGAUUCAUUUUUCUCCGUACUUAUAACUUCUUCGUUUUUUUAGAAGUACCAUAUGGGAAGGAAAAAAAAGAAAAAGAGGGGUUGUGGGAGUGAAUGUUAUGAUGGAAGCUUAGCUUAGCUAUUUAGCUUUAGUUGUGUGACAUAGUUUUCCAUUUGUAAUUGAGAUCGUGACUAGCAUUUUUGGUCGUUGAAAAAAAAACAGAAAGCAAUGUCACUAUGUGGUAUCAGUCAAAGUUGUAAUUGAAUGAAAACAAGCCAAUUUGGUCUUAUGCGAA